AACUCUCUCUCUCUCUCUCUCUCUUUCUCUCUUCCUCUCAACGGCUGUAGUAUAUUCACUCUUCUCUUCUUUCUUUCCAUUUUUACACAACCUCCUCUUCCUCCUCCUCCCCCUCCUCCCCCUCCUCCUCCUUUUCCAUAAUCAAAUCAAUCCAUUGGAUUGAACAUACAAAGAUUCCAGAUGCUCACUACUACCAUCUCCAUCACACAACCCUCAAUCCAGGGACCCAUCAUGCACUUUCAGUCUUCACGUCCCUCCAGCCCUCCUUCUCCCAGCUCUUUCUUCCGUCCCACACAUAAGCCUCGUCGCUCGAUCUCUAGUUUCGACUCUCGUCAGUCUAUAGAACAGGACGGGGAUGAUUCUCCCAUGAACAGACCCUCACUCCACCAGAUCCUUCGCAACCAAGGACGCGGUCAAUAUACUCUCGACAACUUUGCUGCCUUUCUUCAAUCCCAAUUCUGCUACGAAAACCUUGCAUUCUGGCUUGCCUCCAGACAAUAUAGGCUUUGCGCCCAAUCACUUUACUUGUCGGUACAUCAGUCUGUACCUCAAUUCGAUCUCACAGUAGAGUCCGCAAAGUAUUUGAAUCCAUCCCAGGCACGCGCGUUCUCGGAUCUGCAGUUGAAAAUGCGUGCUAUCCUGGAUGCUUUUGUCUUGCCAAGCAGUCCUCAUGAACUCAACUUGUCAGACGCGACCCGCUGCAGUCUUUUGAGGGCCGUUGCCGAGGGUAAUUACCAUCCUCAGGUGUUUGAGCAAGCACGCGAAUCCAUUAUGGAUCUGAUGAAAUGCUCAAGUUACCCCCUGUUUAUCGAAGGCAUCGCUGCCAAGCGUGCUUCAAGCGCAAGCUCUGCUCGAUCUCAAUCAGACUCUGAAAAACCCUCACAUGAUCAUGACAACCCUUCCUGGCGCCACAAGGCCAAACAUUCUUUCAAGCUUGUCUCCAAGAUGUUGAAGCGAAGUCCUUAAAACCACAAAAAAACUUUCGCUUCCUUUUUAUUUAGCAUACCCUAUUAUUUCAUUCCUUCUCACUUGUAACUCUUUCAUUCUUUUCUUUUCUUUUCUUGUUUGUUGCUUUUUUCAUUUUUCGCGUGUUCUUGUUUUUCAUUUUGCUUUUUCCACUGUACUAUAUAGACGUUUAGUUAAUGUUUGAGAAGAAGAAAAAAAA